AAAUCAAUAAAUGGUUCAUCAUGCCUGGAAAAAUUAAAGUAAAGAUCCUAGCUGGUCGAAAUUUACCAGUAAUGGAUCGAUCUGGAGAUACAACAGAUGCAUAUGUGGAAAUUAAAUUUGGUACAACAACAUAUAAGACUGAAGUGUGUAGAAAAUCAUUGAAUCCUCAAUGGAACUCUGAAUGGUACAAAUUUGAAGUUGAGGAUGCAGAAUUGCAAGAUGAACCGCUACAAAUUAGAUUAAUGGAUUAUGACACUUAUUCAGCUAAUGACGCGAUAGGUAAAGUUUAUGUAAAUUUAAAUCCAUUAUUAUUGCCUGGUGUACCACCACCAGUUAAGAAUAUUUGGACAUUGGAAGCAUCGAUAAAUUCUAGUACUGGCUCUCAAGGAGGAUCAAUAAUGACAGGCUGGCUUCCAGUAUAUGAUACAAUGCAUGGAAUAAGAGGAGAAGUUAAUAUUAUUGUGAAAGUUGAAUUGUUUUUGGAUUUUAAUAAAUUUAGGCAAUCAUCGUGUGGUGUUACAUUUUUUUAUUCUCCCAUUGUGCCACAUGGCUACCAUGCUCAAGUAAUACAUGGAUUUGUGGAAGAAUUAGUAGUUAGCGAUGAUCCAGAAUAUAAGUGGAUUGAUAAAAUCAGAACUCCAAGAGCAUCCAAUGAAGCACGUCAAACGCUCUUUUUAAAAUUAAGUAAUGAAGUGCAAAGGAAAAUAGGUUUAAAAGCUUUAGAUCUUGGAGGAAAUGCGGUUAUAGGAUAUUUACAAAAUUUUGAUUUGGAAGGAGAAUCCGGAAUUGUUGCCAGAGGUAUUGGCACAGUGGUCACUCUUGUGAAACUUCACGAUUUUCACAAUUUUUUGGCUGAGACUCCAACUGCAGACGAUUUGCAUGCCACUGACAAUAAAAACAAAUCUAAAAAUAAAACCAAAAAAAGAUUUGGCUCAGAAAUAUUUAAAUCUAAUAAACUACAGUCACCAGACUGCUCAGAAUCUGAAGAUAGUCCUCGUUUGCUCCCUUGUCAAAACUAUCAUCAUCAUUAUCAUCAUCACCAUACAAUCGGCAAUAGUAACAGCAACGAUAACGGCAGUGUUACAAAUAAUAGUCCCAUAUCUUCGCCAACUAUGCUAAGCAGUAAGUUUCCCCUAUACGGCGACAACGUGCCUCUGCAAUCGAUCACUCCGUUAAAAGUCACGGAAUUGAAGCAAACCCCAGAGCAUCAGUCAUCAGCCCAAUCGUGGACCAGCGUCGGCUCCAAGCGUGGCCCACAGAUCGAUUCUGGCUCUAGUCUCUCCCUCGCGACUGACGUUAUCGACGAAGCCUCGAUAAGGGCAAUGCUCGCCCUCGAGGAUAUGCGUGGAGAGCCUACGGCUAGCAGAUUUUCACGCAGCCUCAAGACUCUUCGUUAUCUGCCCCAGAGUGUCCUGACAAGACGCGGCCUUUUAAGGCCCAAGAUGGCAGACUCACUUGACGAGGAGAGCGACCUCGAUAGCACGUACUCGAGCACGUGGUCCGUGUGCGGUUCUGACUCCGCCAAGUCCUCCUCUAUCGUAGACUUCCAUAAGUCCAUUAAGAAGAAGAAAUUCAGACACCGGAAGGCCACUGGUGAGGGCAUCGCCGCCAUGCUCAUCAGGUCCGUGCAUGUUGGUGGCCCACUGCUCGAUAGUGUUAAGGAGGAUCGCGAGACACCUGUACCGUCUCCAGUCAAUUUCAUAGACGAAGAGUCUACUAAUCAGCAAGACUCCGCAUCUGCCUCGAAAAGCGACAAGAACAUGGAAGAUUCGAGUGCAUUUGCGGAGUCGGAUAAGCUGGGACACGAGUCCGUGGAAAAAGAGGACAAGAACAUUUUGCUCGUAGCCUAUUCGAAGCUCAAGUUGUCGGAGGACAAUGACGCAAUACCAUUUAUUACAUCUUCAGAGUCUGAUACAUCAAGCUCAGAAGGUGACGGUAUCGACGACGAGGAGGACGACGAGGAGCUUUCGGAAUCAAGUACUAAUUACAAUAUACUCGACGACACGCUACCCUUGCUAGAUCCCAGCUCAUCCGAUAUUGAAAACUACCCAAUGUUCGGCGAGUCCCAAAUCCAGCUCUGCUCAUCACCGAAGCCGAACUUCAGUUCCCAACUAAUCAUGAAAGAAGAUGAAGAAUCAAAUUUUCCUGUCCGCAGUGUAGAAGAAACUUCAACAACUUCAUCCAUGGCCACUAGUAAGGCAAAUAAUGUUUUACCCGUAGACGAUGUUCUAUCAUCUGAGUUUUCUUCAGAUAUUGAUUCCGAUCUACCUUUGAAAUCAAUUUCAAAUGACAAUAAAUCAAAGAAAAUAAAAAAACUCUCAAGCGACUUGAAAAUGCUACAACAAACAGAUGAAGAAGAACUCAAAAAUUCCGAAUCAUUACACAUGUCUUCUGUUCAAUUUGAUUUACCAAAUAAUUAUUCAGAAGAACAGGAAAAACCUUUAUCAAUGGAAGAUGAUCGACUUACAGAUUUUAUUAUACCAGAGCACUCGCAAAAGAAUAACAAUAAGCUUUUAAGACAUCGAUUCCACAAACAAUUAUCAGCUACGCAACCGAAUGAAGAUAUUCUGACAGAAUCAUCCGAUGAUGAUUAUUAUAGUAAUAUAAAUCUACGAUCGUGCAAAAGUCAAGAAAAGAAGUUACUUAUUAAUUUUAAUGACGAUCAACAUCAGUCAAAUUCGACAGAUUUACCACAAAAGCCGUCUCGGCGACUUGAGCGUGUAAAAACUGUAAUUUAUAAAGGCUUGAAAGAGAACAAGGAAAAUAAUCUGUUGGACCGUAGUAAUAAAGAACUAUUAUCGAUUCCACCUCCACUUUCACCCACUAUUAUUAAUCUUCCUACAUUAGUUACUAAUUCUGCUGAUACUACUGAUGCGAAUCAUUUGCAAGUUCCCAGUAUAAAUCUCAAGGACAUAAUAUCUAAAAGUCCUUAUCCUGCUAAUGAGGCAUCUUUUGCAGAAGAUACUCGGGUAGCUGAGAUAUUAACUAAAAAAUAUAGACAAUCUUGUAUGCUAGAUUUGAUUAAAAUUAUCGAUGCAAAGAUGUUUAUGCAUCAUCAUUCACACGCAGAGUCAACACGGCAUCGCAAACAUGCAAUUAAUAUCGGAAAAUUUCCGUCUUCCGAUUCUAUUCAACGAAAAAUGCUCCCUCGAUCAAGAUCCCCUGAUAUAUCUAGCAUAAGCCAUCGUCGUCGUGGCCUUCAUUCUCGUUAUACAUCAUCAGCUUCUAUUCAUAAUUUAGUUAAACACUCGUUAAAAAAUCAUCACUUCUCGUCUGAAUGCUUAGCGGAUAUUCAUCCACCUUCAAACUCCGAAAUGGAAUAUUUUCCCGAAAAAAUCGCGGAGGCUGCUAAGAUUUUGUUUCAAGCAAAACCUUCUUAUAACGAGGCAGUCGAUGAGAACAAUCUAGAGAUGCGGGCCUUGACAACCCUCGAGAGCGCAACUUAUGAAAACAUCGCUAUUGUUUCCACUAGAUCACUAUCCAAUACUGUUCCUACUACUGUUACUACUUUUACUAAUGUCUUUGAUACUAAACCAACUAACACGGCCAAUGCAACUGACAAUCUGUGUGUAUCCCAUUCACCGUCCAUACGUAGGCAACAGCAUCAGCAGAACUCAAAUCAGGAAACACAACAGCAGUCGAUCAGUCCAUGUGGUAAUCAGCAACAGUCGAAAACAGCCCACUCACCGGCAUCAAAAAAUCCUGGUAUACCAAUGCACCGCAGAUCCAGCGACUCGGAUUUAAGCAUAACACCGAAAGGGAAUUCAUUGACUGGUAGUGAACGCUCAAUGGGCGGCUACUUGAAACCGUCGUCGGCCAUCGUUAGAACGAUGAAUCAGGAGGCUCUGGAGAUGCUCGAGUAUCCGUUUAUAACGAUGCAACAAUAUCCGCCUGGCUUUGUUUUGCACAUAGGUGGCCUUGUUAGUGCAAGAUCGGUAAAACUUUUAGAAAGAAUUAGCAACUUGGAGGAGCCUGAGGGUCGGGAUUCUUGGUGGACAGAAAUUAGAAUGGAAAUCCGCUCUCAUGCUCGAUCUCUCGCUUGUAACGUUGUUAUAGGGUAUAAAGAAGAGACAAGUAUUUGCGAUGACGUGUGCGUGCUGAGCGGAUCGGGUACAGCCGCCGUGAUAAAUCUGCAUAGCACGGGUCAGGACCAGGAUAAGGUUCUUAUAACCCAUGUCCAAGGUUUAAUGACGGCCUCAACAGAGUCUGAUAAAGGCGCAACCGUCGUUUCAGAUAAGCCCCAGAAUCCGAAGAAUACGUUUAAAGAUAAUUAUGACGCGUUAUCCCAACAACAGCAGCAACAACAACAACAACAACAACAACAACAACAACAACAGCAACAACAACAACAGCCGCAAGCAUCAGCUACACCAGCGACGGCGACCGCGGCAUUAAAUCAUCAGAUGCCAAGAUCAAAGCAGAGAUAUUCCUCUGAGAGCAAUGAGCACGAGCAGCCCUAUUCUUUCCCAUUAAGCGGAUGUAGCAUUUGCCACUUGCCCUACAAUAAAUCUAGCAUGAAUUUUCAGGUGCAUGUGUCGAAGUGUACGAUCUGCCAUCGCGCCAAAGUUCCGGAUGUGCUGUUCACAACGGUAGAUCUACCGGAGAACCUACCAAUGACUGGCCACGGGAGCUUCAUCCAAGCGAUCGUCUGCAAAGCGAAGAAAGACUUGCGCGGUGAACUCAAUGCCAAGGAAAUCUCCGAUUGUCUGCCCUUUCUUGAAUACGAAUUGCACAGCCUAUUGCUUAAUAAAUUACGCAUGCGAGGUAUGAACGCGGCCUUCGGCCUUAAGGUCCAGGUAUCGAUUGGUGAACGACUUGUAAUUGGCAUGGCUACUGGUACGGCUGUCUACCUCACGGCUCUGCCGCCUCCCUCAUUACCCCAGAUCGCCACCGGCAAUACGUGGCACAAUGAUGAACAGCUUGUCGAGAUACAGAAGAGCCUGGUGGACACUGUUAAAAAAAAUAUGGAGUUUUAUCAACUUAAGCCACUUCCUGAAGUGGAAAACGGUCGUUCUAUGUCAGACACCGAUGAAUCAGAAGACGAACUACCAGAACUCGAUUUGGGGUUGGGUAUGAAAGAUGUCUGUGUUUUAGAAGUUGAUGACGUUGAAGAUAUGGAUCGUAUAAAUUUAUUGAUGGAUGAAAGACCACCGAACGAUUUUCAUGUAGUCAAUACGGAAACGAUACCUGGACUCGAAGAUCUUGAAAUUGUGCGCAAUCUUCAAAUGUUCACACAGCUCUCACGCGCCAAGAUUCCCACGGGACAGUCAGGCUUGAUGCCAUCAAAAUACUUUGCUCGGGUGCUACAAACGGUGUACUUUAAAUUGAGGCGCAUGGUGCCUUGCGCACUUUGCGAUCUGCAAUUCAAAAUCGCCAUGCCUGAGCAGGAUGAGAUACAAUUAUCAGUAGUUGGGAUGGCCUUAGGCCUUGGUGAGCCCACCAAAUUCAACAAGGUGCGCAGAAAAAUACUUUCGCAUUCAGUGAGCAAAGACCAGGUCAAACGAAUCGAUGACAACGAUAUGAUAUUCAGCCUUGAUGAGGAUCACGCCGAAAAUUCAAGCAUUGGCGAUUCUCUGCCGAUUACCUCGAAUAAUCCGAAUACGCAGUCAACAAUGCUUUUUGCUAUGUCACAGAAGCCGCGGUCGCGUUCUCCUCUCAGAAUCAAGCACACCACCCACAGGCACAAGCACGUACCACUAAAAGAAAGAUACGGCGUAGAUAUUACUCCAUUAUCUUAUCUUCCUGGUGGUAGAAUUGAAAGGUACUUGGGAAAUUUGAAUUUCUUCUUCAUUAGAGAAUCAAAUUCUAUUCGAGAGAAUGGAGGUCUUAGUGGUUUCAUUCACAGUUUCGUGACCGAAGUUCUGUCCAUAAUUCGAGCUCACGUCACGGCACUAGGAGGUAAUGCGAUGGUUGCUUUCUUCAUGACUCAGUGUGUUUUGCUACACAGUCCUCAUAAAAAUCAGGGCCAAUGUCUCAUAAAUGUGGGCGGAGACGUAGUGAACGUGUCGUAUUUUGGCAAUGACAAGCAACAACAGCUGACAGCAUCCGCCCUCGGGGGUAACUGCUGACCCCAGCCGCCUCACUCAGCACCUCCGUAACCCUAACGCAUCACACGACUCUUCGAUCUUUUCGGGUCUUAACGGAACGAUGAAUUCCUCAGCCUUCCGUCAUUCUGCAACUAAUUGUACAAAUGUACGUAUCUGCUCUCUGUAAUGAAUAGAAGGAGUUUCUAAAUAAACCAAAACUUAUUUAUAUGUAGCUUAGUCUAGAACUCUUGAAGCAAGUCACUUAGCGUUC